AUGGGCAAACUCGGUGCCGGGCUGGACGUGAAUGAGAGGCGCAGACCGGUGGGGUCCCUCUUCAUGGAGGCCAUGGAUCGCGACUCCAUCCGCCCUCGUGUCCGGCGGACGCUCCAUCACAGCCUGGCCGAGCGCAGCCUCCCCAACACGCCUUUCUCCCCGCGCCCGGACGAACCGGGGCGCACACGGGCAUUCUCCGCGGGAGGGCGACGUCAUUUCCCCGAUCGCAGCUGCGGCAAUCCCAUUGUGCCGGGCCCACCGGAGGUGCAUUCAGCGCGGAGGGCGGUCCCUAAACAAAUGGCCUCCCAUCUCGACUCCGCGGCUCAGGCCAUAUACGAAGAAAAACCAACGCUCUACUCACGACAACGGUGUAAACAACCACCGUUUGACGAAAAAAGCCCUUCUGUUGUGCCGCGGCCGCAUGCGUUAAAUACAAGUCCGCUAAAGCGGAGUCAUCUCUCACUUGGCUCACUGGCACCGAAGGAUGAACCCCCGAAGGAGCGAGCGGUGCCACCACCUAUGAUAAAGAAGCCGAUACGCUUCGGCAGGCGUCACACACCCGCGCCACGUUCUAAGAGCGCAGAGCAUAGAAGGGUAGGUAUUAAAAUGGUGCAUCCUCUUCCUCACUGGGAAAGUGUAACAGAGAAGCACGCGGCUUUCACUAGUUAUGGCAUUGAUGCCUACGCGAAGAAGGAUAUUCAUCAUAGAAACCAAAGUAAUUGGGAAAUAGGCUUUAUUCCUCCUGCCCCUUUCCGUAGGAGUGUGUCGACUGAAAACAGAAAAAAUAAUGCUGCGACACCUUUAAACAUGAACCCAUGGAGAGGAAGAAGAUACAGCUUUUCCCCAAGGCAAAGAGAUUACGACAUUAUCUCAUGGACCCCCCGAAGAGCUUUUAGAAUGGAUGAAGAAACAGGGAUAGAGGAAGGGGAGAGAAAUAUAGAGAGAUGA